AGAAAAUUAGUAACUAACAAGUCUCUCAGGCUCUCAGCCUCUUUGCUCAGCCUAGCUUCAUUACACAAACUGGAUUCUGAACAAGGUGACUCUGAUCAUAGGCAGUGAUGGCGAAUAGCAAGUAUGAGUACGUGAAGUCGUUUGAAAACGAAGACGAAGUGAUGUAUCCGAACUUGAUUGUAGUUCGAAUUGAUGGUCGCAAUUUUGAAAGAUUUUCUGAAACUAAUGAGUUUGAAAAACCUAAUGACGAGAGAGCUCUAAAUCUGAUGAACUGUUGUGCUACCUCAGUGUUGGAGAAGUACCCAGAUAUAAUCUUGGCUUAUGGUUUUAGCGAUGAGUACAGUUUCAUUUUCAAGAAGGAAACCAAGUUUUACCAAAGGCGUGCCAGCAAGAUACUGUCACUCAUUGUCUCCUUCUUCACGUCUUUAUAUGUGGCAAAUUGGAGAGUGUUUUUUCCACACGCGGAAAUGAGAUCUACGCCUUCAUUUAAAUCACGAGUCAUAUGCUGCCCAUCAGUCGAGGUUCUUCAGGCAUAUUUAGCAUGGAGACAAAGAGAAUGUCACAGCAACAAUCAGUAUAACACUUGCUUUUGGAUGUUGAUUAAAAGUGGGAAAUCAGAAAGAGAAGCACACGAGAUCUUGAAGGGCACUCAAAAGCAAGAAAAAAAUGAGAUUUUAUUCAAACAAUUCAGCAUCAAUUACAAAAACCUUCCAAGCAUGUACCGUCAGGGAUCUUGCAUUCUCAAGACAGAGGUUAAUGAAACCUUAAAGAUCUAUGAAAAUGAAGCCCCUGUAAAAAGACUGCGGAAAAAAGCUAUAGUUGUCCAUUCAGAAAAUAUUGCUUCAAGAAGUUUCUGGAAUGGUUAUUCCUGUCUUUGCAAGGAGCUAGGUAGUUUGGAGCAGAAUGUGAAUAAUAUUAAAGCAGAGUAUGUGAAAUCCUUUCAGUCUGAUAACAAGUUGUUGCCAUUUACCUGGAUCGUCGUAAGAAUAGAUGGCUCUCAUUUCCACAGAUUUUCUGAAGUUCAAGGAUUUGAGAAGCCUAAUGAUGAGCAAGCUCUGAAACUUAUGAACUCAUGUGCAGUUGCUGUUUUAGAGGAAUUUAAAGACAUUGUAUUUGCGUAUGGAGUGAGUGAUGAAUACAGCUUUGUAUUGAAGAGAAAUACUCAGCUCUAUCAAAGACGUGUCAGUGAAAUAGUAUCUGCAACUGUUUCGUUCUUCUCUUCAACAUAUGUGAUGAAAUGGAAAGAAUUUUUCCCCCAAAAGGACCUGAAAUACCCACCAAAUUUUGAUGGAAGGGCUGUGUGCUAUCCAUCAUAUGAGAUUAUUCGAGAUUAUCUGGCUUGGAGACAAGUUGACUGUCAUAUAAACAAUCAGUAUAACACUUGCUUUUGGAUGUUAGUCAAGUCUGGCAAAAGCACAAGGGAAGCUCAGAGCAUCUUAAAGGGCACUCAAAGACCGGAAAAGAAUCAGUUGCUCUGUCAGUUAUUCGCCAUAGAUUACAACACGUUGCCCAUCAUAUUCCGCAAUGGCUCUUCUGUAUUUUGGGACAAGGAGACAACAGUGAUGGAUAAUGGAGUGGUUGCAAAGUGUCAUAAGAAAAUAGUUGUGGAACACUUGAAUAUAAUUGAAGAUGGCUUUUGGGCAGCACACCCACUCAUACUUGAAGAGAUGUCCCCGAGGUCCUAAUCUUACAUUCAACAUGGCACAUAGGCAUGCCCAGUUGCCCACCAGACACCAGUCCUCCAAAAUAGAGUAAAUCAGUGUAAUCUGGAUAGUUUGACCAGGCUGGCCCCUUGUUUUAUAUAUGGUCAACCAUUUUGGUUUAAUCUAACCUGACCAUUCGUCCAUUUGUAUUUAUGCCAUAUCAUCUAAAAAAUUUCAUUUGUUAGUGUAACCAGUGCAGCAAGAUACGCUGUCUUCUGUUACGGACCAAUUGCUAUCAAGUUUCUUGAGGUU